AAGCUUCAAUCGACCCGUGAGAAAUUGGCCUAUCUUUCGCGCGUAUCAUUAUAACAUAUGUUAUCUUGUCAUUAUUUAAUACCAUAUCAUUAAUCCGUACUCGCAUAACGUUCAAGUCACGCCUGUAUUACCGCACGUGUUUAUGUAAAACGCAUAGAUAAAAAAUAUAGCAAAGGAGACUAUAGGCUUAAUUAAUAUCAACUGUCGAGGCUGUUAUUAAAUUAUCGGAGCUCUUAUUAAAUGAAUCGGAGCGUACAAAGUCAUGUCGUGGCAGAAUGUUGUUACUCGAUAUUUCGAAAAGUCGAUUGUCAAAAAAUUUUUAACAUUCGAUUUAUAAUUGAAUGAUAUUAAUUUGCAAGAAUACGUACCGUCUUCGGUAGGCGUAAAAAUUGCCGGAAACCUCGGAGAAAAGAGAAGCGAAAUGGAAAAAUGCACCGAGUGGCCGCGUGUAAACACACACACACACACACACACACACACACGUUAAAAGCAACAGGUGUCCCGUGCGUGCGUAUGUGCAUGCGUGCAAAAUUGCAGACGCGAUUCGCAAAAACAUUCUACAAAUGGCACACGCUACGCUAUAAAUCUGCGGAGAGUUGUUUGUGUAAUUCACCGCGUGAGUUCGGACGAACUCGCCGUUAAUCUCACAGCUAGUCAAAUAAAUCGCGCCGCGAGAAGAGACGUCGCGUGUUCACUGGCGCGCUUCGUGCGCCCGCGCGCGCGCGCGCCUCGUGUUCACCUUCUGCUAAAUCAUCGACUCGUCUCCCAAUGAAUCACCUUUCAUCGAAUUGUAACCAUUCUGUCGCGAGACUCCACAGUCGUCACGCGCGAUUCUCGGUUGAUCUCGUCGACGAUAAAUCAUUGAACAACCUUGAAAAGAGCCAAGAAAGGAGAGAGAAAAACUUUUCAAUUGUCUUAACAGCGACGACUGCCAGAUUAAUUAUCAUCGCCGUUAAACUGAAGCAAGACGAGAAAAUGAGGAUGACAGGACGAAACAGGACGGUGAUCCACGAGGACAUAGUGGGCGAUCACUCGGCCACCGCGAAUACAUCUCUCGGUGAGUUAUUGGUGCACUCGUCGAUGCCAGCUGCUGCGGUCGCCGUGAAAUUUUGCGGUGAAGAUUCCGCGGAAGAAACCGGCGAGACUGUAAGUCGGAAGAGACGCGACAUCUUCAGCACGUUCAAGAGAAGAGCCUUCAGCAGAAUCAGCUUCAAGGGUGAAUCUGGCCCGCUGCUGAGUAGGUACCGUCAGACCAGAUUCAGUUCCAGAAGGGUUCGCAAAAGGGUGGUCUUUAAGCACGGCGACUGCAACGUCGUGCAGGGAAACGUUGCCAAACGACGCCGGCGGUACCUUCAGGACAUCUUCACGACGUUGGUGGACGCGCAAUGGCGGUGGACACUGCUGGUGUUCUCCAUGAAUUUCCUACUGUCUUGGCUGGGCUUCGCGCUUAUAUGGUGGCUGAUCGCCUACAGCCACGGCGAUUUGGAGCCUCAGAAUAUCAACAAUCAGACCUUCGUGCCCUGCGUCCAAGAUAUCCGUAGUUUCACCAGCUGCUUCUUAUUCUCCGUCGAGACGCAGCACACAAUCGGAUACGGGGCCAAGCACACGACAGAUGAAUGCCCGGAGGCGAUAUUCACGCUGUGCAUCCAGUCGAUGACGGGCGUGAUUUUACAAGCGUUUAUGGUCGGCAUCGUGUUCGCCAAGUUGUCCCGGCCCAAAAAGCGUACGCAGACCCUUCUCUUUUCGCGCAAUGCCGUCAUCUGCCAACGGGACGGUCAGCCUUGCCUGAUGUUUCGCGUUGGCGACAUGCGCAAGAGCCACAUCAUCGAGGCCCACGUACGCGCCCAGAUGAUCAAGAGAAAGGUGACGAAGGAGGGCGAGUUGCUGCCGUUCUUCCAGACGGAGCUGAAGGUUGGCGGCGACGGCGAGGAAGACAAGAUCUUCUUCAUCUGGCCCACCACGAUCGUGCACAAGAUCGACCGAAACUCGCCGCUCUACCGGAUAUCAGCCAGCGACAUGCUGCGAGAGCGAUUCGAGAUCGUCGUGAUACUAGAAGGGGUGAUCGAGUCGACCGGCAUGACGACGCAGGCGAGAAGUUCCUAUUUACCGUCUGAGAUCCUAUGGGGUCACCGAUUCGAACCCAUCAUCACGUUCCGCAAGGAGACCGGCGAGUACGAGGUCAACUACACUCUCUUCAACAACACGUACGAGGUGGACACGCCGCUCUGCAGCGCCGCCGAUCUCGAUCGCAUCCGCGCGAUGCAUCAUCGCUCGAAAGCAGAACGCACCGGCCUAGGUGCAUUCUCGGGCUACAACGACGUCUCCAGCAGUAGUUCCUUGACCACCAGCUCCAGAGGGUCGAGUCUGAGGUCUUCCACGGGCGGGCUUCAUCUGCGGACAUCGUCGAUGCCGACGGCGAUGCCAACGGCGACACCUCCACACCCUAUCCCGGUGAUAAUCACCAGCCCAGACGGCUCCUGCAGACAAGAGAGCACCAACGCGAAAGCACCAUCGUCCUUCUACGCGCAAGAAGAGCACAACAGUACGGCAAAGUUCAGAUGCGACAGCGAGGACUCGAAGAAUCAGGAGGAUUACGAGCGUGUCCUCGAGGAUAUCAACGCGUGUCUGAGGAAGAGCAGGAAGCAGAACGGCACGGAGGCUAAGUCACAACGACGGAACGAAUCCGCGGCCACGUUAGACUCGAGGAAGAGCGAAGCUAGAUCGAAUUCCAGAUCGAUCGCUGAGGAGGCUCCAAGAAACGACUUCAAGAUGCCAUCUUCCGGGAGCAACGCGAGCAACGAAGUUGCAACCGAGUGUCGCGCGAGUUCCUCGGAGACGCAGAGUCCUCCCGCGGUGCUCGCAAGGUCCAGCCUGUGCGACGGGCAGAACAUCCAGGAUGUCGCCAAGAAGACGAGCUUCCUUCUCGAGGAAGAAGCGAAUCGCGAACAUUCCCAGAACGCAUCUUGCCCCACUCAUUAAGCACAGGCUCGAGGGGGAACCGGGACCUGGGAAGAUCGAACGAUGUCGGAUGAGCGGCGGCCGGCCUCGAGGAUCAGUCGUAGAUCACGACGUCUAAAGAACUCUGAGUAGAAAGAAAAGCGCUGAUAACGAGCGAUAAGCGAAACUAGCCGAGUAA